AUGCGUUGUGUUGAUACCGACCUGAACAUCGGCAGCGGCGACGGCGGCAUUCGCGGCACCCGUGGCGGCGGCGGGGGCGGGGCAAGGAGGGUCGGCGGCGGCGGCGGCGGCGCCAGACGACACCAUCAGAGGCGAGCCGCGAGGGGCGAGGAGGGCGCCGCUGCUCCGCCUCGGCCGCGAUCCUCCGGCGCUGCGGCGUCUUCGGCUUGCAUCCCUCCGCGCGCGCUCGAGGGGCGCCUCUCGCGGGACUGCCUUCGCCCUCGGAGCCCCGCCUGCAGCCAACGCUCACGUUCCUAUCUGGCGCCGGAACGGAAUCUCGAGAAGGGGCCAGUCAGUCUACGGCUGGAGCAUCCUGCCGAGGACUGCGGCAAGGCGAAGGAGGAAGGAGUGAAGGAAACCUGUCCGUCUUCAGUCGCAGGCAGUCCUUUACGGCAUUCCAGGAGACAAUCUCCGACCGUUCGACUGCGAGGGAAGCUUGCACGGGAGAUUCUUUCCUUCUAA